AUGGAAGAACAAGACAAUUUGGAACAUCACGAAGCAGAUCAUACUGUGCUAACUAAUGAUGAGAGUGAUGUCAAAAGUUUAUUUACAGGGAAGACUCUAAUAAACUGGGAGACUUAUAAUGCUUUUUUAACUGAGUGGAGAAGUAAAAGGGGAUUUAAUGUCAUUAAAGAUUGUGUUUAUCAAGACAAAGGUGUUAUUAGGAGAAGAAUGUAUAUUUGUGAACAUGGACAUAAUUAUGAGUCAAGCUCUAUAAAAGAAACCAGCAUCAAGAAAAUGUUGUGCUCAUGGCACAUAAACGUAUCUUGUCCUAAAAUAAAGAACUCAAACUCUAUUGUUUUUAUUAAUAAGAUAGUUGAUAAGCAUAACCAUCCCCUUAACAUUGAUGCUAUUGCAUUUGAAUUUGACAAAAAAUUUAGCACAGAGAUGAUAGAAGAUAUCAAAUUUUUAACACAGCAUUGUAAAUUUGGUGCCACUGCGCAAAUGAAAUACUUAGAAGGAACUGAAUCAGAUAUUCUACUCAAUAAUAAUUUUGAUACUAUCCUAUCUGAAAUUGAAGAUGCUGAUGACUUACAA